AUGGCAGUUAUGAGUUCUCCUGAAGAAUAUAAUCUCACUGAUUUCGAAAAUGAAAAUGGAAACGUUAUAAUUGAAAACAGUGACAGCAAUUCUUAUAAUAGCUCUGAUAGCUUAUAUUCAUCAGGGGAUAGCAUCGGAAUCAGUUUCCAUACAUCUCAAAUUGGAAGUUUCAGAUCAGAGAUUAUAACUGAUUCAGAUGAUAACGAUGAACAAAUUUCAGAGAAUGGAAGAAACUGGAUGGAAUUACCAUCUCCGGCGAUAGAAAACAUUUAUACUUUCCUCAGUAGAACUGAUCAAAGCCGCAUGUCCUUAGUCUGUUCUCGAUGGUCAAAGCAUUUCAACUCACCCUGCUUAUGGAAGACAUUUAGAUUCUAUUUACCUGAACAUAACUACUCUUCAGAUAUAUACCCAGAAGUAAGAUUCGCUCGAAAAUAUGCUUCCAUGAUUCGGCAUGUUGAAAUUAUUUGUAAAAGAGUCAAGAACCAUCUUAUUGAGGAUAUAUCAAAUCAGCUCAAGUUGUUUCUGCAAGCCAUGGAGUUCUCGUCUCAUCUUAUUUCAAUCAAAUUAAUCAACAUGGGAAACUAUUUUCGUCGUUUGGAAGAUGUCGAAUAUGAAUGCUUGUUCGUUUAUUUUAUUCGUUUGUUUUAUUCACAAGAGAAUCUCAAAACAGUAGUUUUUCAAGAAAGUCGUUUCAGUAAAGAAAAGGGAAUGGAACUCCUGAAAGCAAUAUUCCAUUCUGAUAGUCAUACUAUAAGAAACCUCACACUUAGAGGCUAUGUAAACGAAGCUCCAUUCACAAUAUUGAGCCAACACUAUUUGACGAAUUUGUCAAAUGUGUGCUGUAGAAUUGCAGCCGUACAAUCACUUGAAGUAGAUUACACACAAAUAUUUGAAGAUGUCAUAAACUGCCUAUACCAAAAGCUCUCUUCCGGUGAUUACCACCUUGAUAAAAAUAAAACAGGGAUAUCGACUCUUAAUAUUUACUGCGAAGGUAAAAGGCAAUUAGGGUUUAGAGGGAUUCUACCUGGAACAUGGAGAUAUUUGGCAAAUGUAUUUCCAGAUAUGAAAGUUAAAAUGGACGUCACAAUACACAGUCAUCUGAACAAUGAAAUGGAGAAGCUAUUAGUGAGAGAAAUGCCAUUACAGACACUGGAGUUUCGAUUUGAAAAAUUAUCGUCUUCUUCAAGAACCGAUAUAAGCGUAUUGUUCACAUAUCUUCAGAUGUGCAAGUAUCAGGACCAUUUGGAAACGCUGAGUAUUUUUUGGAUGCCUUCUAUUGCUGAUUUUGGUGGGUCUGUUAUCCCAUUUAUCCAAUCCUGUGAAAAAUUACAGAAUUUCCACCUUCAUGCCAAAAGUACGCCAAGGGGAAUUGAAAAUAUUCUCUUGGCAAUUUUAGAAAAUCCUCCUACGUCAUUGAAAUCAAUUACAUUAUGGUUUAAUUAUCUUCAAGAAAAUGAGAAUGAAGAGAAUUUGAAAGCAUUAUCCGAAAAAUAUUAUCCGCUGUUUAACGCGCAAGACAUAAAGUGUUUUUUGGUUAUAGAUCCAAGUCGAAGUCUGCGAAGACGAAGACCAAGUGUAACAGUUCUUUAA